AUGGCUUUGACAAACGUUUUGUUGAUAAGUCAAGUUGCCGGAUAUGUCGUCGCUUCAAUACUGUCAUUAUGCAUUAUUGUACCUAUGAGUCUCCAUCAGGAUGAAUUUAAAGGACAUUGUCUUCUUUUUUCAACUGGAGUUUGGCAAGAAACAGACGGACAAUUAGUUGUCAGCUGGGGAUCACAAAUUUAUUGCAACUAUACGAUAUUCGUAGGAUUAAUCCUUCUGAUUACGUCUUUGGUACAAAUAUACAGACUCUCAAUGCUGAUGUAUCAUGGAGAAGAUAGUUCGUUUCUGUCAGCUUUUGUGGAUGUAGUCAGCUCAAUAUUCCUAGCGACUGUGACUCUGAUAGCUGCGACGUUUAUAACUCUCGGUUUCAUGACAUGGUGCCAAUGCAUGUCCAAGAGAUUUCCAUCUUGUGAUCUAGCAGCUGGUAAUGAUAUUGAUAAGAAUGACGGUAUUAAUACAUCUGGAUUUUAUAUUGAACUAGGUGUCGCUCAAUUUGGAGCCUGGAGCAGUCUUUCUAUUUGGGUUGGUCUUUCAGUUUUCGCUGUUCUUAAAUUACUCAAGUAUCAUCAGCUUGAAAACAUGAAAGUUUCCAUGUUUAGAGAAAGACAAAGAUUGAUAGAGGGUGCAGGUAUCAGCCAACCAUACGAAAUUAACUAA